GUUCUUAGAUCUAAUGUUUCUUUGCCGUUUGGCACAUGUUUAGCUGAUUGUGCAAAGCGCGACCCACAAGUGGGUGAAGACACUGAAAAGAACUUCGCAGAGCUCUUGACAGAAGAACUAAAACUACGCGAAACUGAGGCCCUAGACAAUCAACAACGUGCUGAUAUGGCUCUACUCGAGGCCAAGAAAAAAACCUCACAGUACCAAAAAGAAGCAGACAAAUGCAACUCAGGUAUGGAAACCUGUGAAGAAGCAAGAGAAAAGGCUGAAGCAGCACUAGUAGCACAGAAGAAGCUGACGGCUAUAUGGGAACAAAGAGCUCGCCAAAAAGGAUGGAAAGAAGGCGCAACCAAAUCUCAAGCUCGCUCCCAUGGAAAUGUCCAGGCUUCUUGAACCCCUGUAUAGACAAAAGGUGGGUCUUUGCAUGGUGAGAUAGUUCAUUGGCAAGCGUUUACAGCAGUCAGGAAAUUUGAUAAGUUGUUUUUAACAGUCUAAUUUAUUGAUGAAGGAUGAUAUUAAGGGUAA